CCGGCCCGGCGCGCGGGGGGAGUAUAUCAAGCCCCGGCAGCGGUUGCAGCGCAUGACACUGACUCGAGUGGUGCCGGGACGGACACACGGUGGCUGCUGCGCGGUACCUGGGACCCUUCCUGCGCCCGCAUCCUUGCGCCGCUCCCCCGCGAGACCCGGGUGCUACCGGCGAGAGGAGGUGGUGACUGCCUACAUCCUCCGAGGCGUGAGAUCUCCAACCCCCCCGCGCUCCUUCCUCCGGGCCUUUCGUACCGGAUCCGGCUCGGCCUCGCCCCCGGGCUCCGCGUGCCCCGGGUGGAUGUGCACGAAGAUGGAGCAGCCCUUCUACCACGACGACUCCUUCCUGCCGAGCUAUGGCCGGGCCGAGCUGGGUUCCCACGCCGACUACAAGCCGUACCGGGCCCUCAAGGCGCAGCUGCAGCUCCGGGCCGGGGCGGAAGAGGGCGGCGGGGCCUUUUACGCCCCGGCGGGGCUAGGCGAAGCCGGCAGCGCCUCUCUGAAGCUGGCCUCGCCCGAGCUGGAGCGCCUCAUCAUCCAGAACAGCAACGGUGUGGUUACCACCACCCCCACGCCGCCCGGUCAGUUCUUCUACCCGCGGGGCCCCACGGAGGAGCAGGAAGGCUUCGCCGACGGCUUCGUGAAGGCCCUGGACGAUCUGCACAAGCUGAACCACCUGCCGCCGCCCAACGUGUCACUCGGAGCUGCCCCGGCCAGCAGCGCCUAUGCCCCGGCCCUGCAUCCGGAGCCGGCGCCCCUUACACGCCCCUCGGCCCCUGUCUCCACGACGCUAACGAGCUACCCGCCGCCCGCUGCCGCUACCGCCUACCCCAGCGCCAACCUCAGCUACCUGCCCCCAGGCUACCCCCGCCCGCAGGGCUUCAAGGAGGAGCCGCAGACGGUCCCCGAGCCACCGGCGCCGGCGCCCGGCAGCCCGCCACUGUCGCCCAUCGACAUGGAGGACCAGGAGCGCAUCAAGGUGGAGCGCAAGCGGCUGCGGAACCGCCUGGCCGCCACCAAGUGCCGCAAGAGGAAGCUGGAGCGCAUCGCCCGGCUGGAGGAGAAGGUGAAGAGCCUGAAGGCGGAGAACGCGGGGCUGUCCAGCACGGCCGGCCUGCUCCGCGACCAGGUGGCCCAGCUCAAGCAGAAGGUCCUCACGCACGUGAACAGCGGUUGCCAGCUCCUCCUGGCUGUCAAGAUGCAGGCCUUCUAACCCGGGGGGGCUAGGGAAGGGGGCAGGCCCCCCUUGCCCACCUCACCACGAAUCCGGAGCUGGUUGAAACCAAGCUUUCCACCCCCACCAACCCCCUUUCUCCCAGCCGGGACUUUAUCGCCGGAUAAAGUUAGCGUGGGGGGGGGACUUUUCCCGCGGGAGAACGCGGCAGGCACUGGCCCCUGGGCGGCGGUAGGUGGCAGGAGCCAGCGGGCCUCUUUGCAUGGCUGGACGGUGCAAUAUGUUAGGCCUCGAUGUAUCUUUUUUUUUUUUGGGAGGGGGCUGGACCACGAAGGCUGAAACCUGGAACGGACAGACAGCCCUAGAUAACCUCCUC